AUGUCGUCCGAGGCUGCUAACAGUUCAAAGGAUUACUAUGGAGACCCACCUCAGCUUCUUUAUGAUGUCCCAUCUUCUAGUGGUAUUCAGACAACAAACAAGGAACCAAAAUUGCCUCUGGAUAUUCUGUUGCUGACAGUUGAGAAUGAUGAGUUUUUACCUUGUUACCAGCAACUUAAAAAUCCAUGCAGAUGGUGGUUUGAUGGCCUUGGUUAUGUUUACUUUGAGGAAGAGGAUGAAAGUCAAAAAGAGAAAGUGAAAAUUGCAUUGUUGAAGUGCUAUGGUGGAAGUGGUGCUCCCGGUGGUUCUCUGAUUUCUGUGAAGAAUGCUGUCACUGUGCUAAGACCCAAGGCAGUUAUAUCUGUAGGAGCCUGCAGUGGUCUUAAUCCUGCGAAAACAAAGUUAGGAGAUGUCAUUGUCUCAUCUAGAUUAUCAACUUAUACAUCCAAAGUAGUAAUGUCUGAUCAAGAGCAAUCAACUGGCUUGAGAACUUAUGCCAGCAAACAUUUUCUUAAUGUCAUAAAGAAUUGUGCUGAUGGCUGGCAGGCUCCUUUGAAGAAUCCCGAAGCAAGUCAAGCAGUUGAAGUACAUUGUGGUGAAAUUCUGAGUGGUCCAGAGCAGAUCCAGGCUGAGUAUCGACGUGAUCAACUGGCUAAGUGCAACCUGAUGGCAAUGGCUGUGGAGAUGGAAGGCGAAGGUGUUUGUCAUUUUUUGUGUAAUCACAUUCCAGAAACUUCCUGAUAUUACUUGAUAUGCAUAUGAGUGCACAACUCUUUAGUGCAAUGACUCGUAAAAUGCACGAAAAACUCAGGAAAAUGUAGUGAGAAUGUAAUGGUCACACUGAGGUACUGAUGUCUCCUUGUGACACUCCCUUCCCAUCAGUCUCUUUUUUGACUCAGUGCUAGAGUAACUAGCCUGAGUUAAUUGGUACAUAGUGUCUGUUUAGUACAUAAUUAUAAUAGAUCAAAGAUGACUUAAAGAUAAUUAUGUUUUAAGAGCAAAAAACUAGGUUGGUGAGGGCAUUGGAGUCAUAGAAGGGUGUAGAUUGUUCAUAAUUAUUUUCCCCAGAGUUUCACCAUUGUUCACAUUUUUGUCUCAGCUGUGGGGACCUUACAUUGCUUGUAGUUGCUUGUAGUUGUAGGAGAGAACCCUGGGAACAAGGUGAUGUGAUGUGCUCUUACAGUGCUCAGUGGGCCCUUGCACCUAACUUUUUUUUCUUUGGGAUUACAAAAUCUUAGUUUUUUCAUAAAAUAAUUAUUUCCUAGACAGGCUGGAUUCCACAGGUUUGGAGUUUUGAACUCUCUUCAAGUUUUCUUAGAGCACAGCCUUUUAGAACGGAUCAAUUACACACCGUGCUGAACAAAACAUUUUUCUGUGCCAUGUCAGCUACCACGGUUUAUUCUAGAAAUUAGCGAAUGAGGGUCAAAUACGCCCCUUCUGUAAUUUUAGGGGAGCCCUUUUUCAAGAAAGGGGGAAGGGAAGCUUUGCCGCCAUUAUGGAACAUUCUGGGAAACUGAAAAAGUCUGGGCUCAAAUUACUGCAGAAUCCCGGAUGUUUUGUCUGAUGAAAUAAUGACUCAAAAAGAGAAGAAGAGAAAGGCAAUUGAGGCAGUAAGAGUCUAUAAAAGUUCAAAGUAAGUUUAUAGAUCUGCCGUCAAAUCAGUGUUGUUGUCAGUUACGUUUUCGAAUACUUUAUUUCAAAUAGUACUUAUCCUUCGGUCUAUAUUUUUUGCGCCCCCUUUGACGCGGCAACGUAAAUUUUAUGCGUCUUUUUUUUUUCCAAAUUCAGGAAAUCCCACAAGGCUGCGCUCUAAUAUAAACCCUGACUGCUAUAUGUGUCUGUACCGAGAAAGAUCAUAGGAAACGACCAUGCCAGUCACAAAUAGUGGGCACUUUAUUCAGUACGUUGUUCAAAAUGGAAUAAAGUACGGUACAAUAAUACUUUAAUUACCUUGACCUGGCUCUUGAAUACAUGUGUAGUUGUGUCUGAUAGAAAAUGUUCAACUGUUUGUUUGAAAUUCAAACAUCAAGUUCAAACAUCAUGUUAUGAUUGGCUGGUGUGAUAUCUUAACGACCCAAUACAUGUAAAUGUAAAUGUAAAUGAUGUUAGAAAACAUAUGACAGACACUUGCAUCCAUCAACUGAAGUCAGACUUUCCUCUGUUAAGUCACUUCCCUACCUCUGAAAGCAGAAGAGUUACAUAACUCUGUUUUGGAUUACAGGUGUUUUCACUGCAGCAUUUGACAGCGGGAUUGAAUGGCUGAUCGUCAAAGGAAUAGCUGAUUAUGCAGCUAGCAGCAGUGCUCAACAGAAUGCAAAAAGUUGGCUUCGCUGUGCUUGUGUGAUGGCCGCUUCACUUGUUAUGCAUAUUUUGAGUAAUCCCACUGUUUUCCGUUCCUGGCCUCAUUAUAAAGGUAAUUUGACAAAACCCUAGUCUUGUUUUGUUUGUUUGUUUCUAUUUUGUUGCGUUUUUUUUAUGUAUCUCAACUUCAAAAAUGCUGUUAAAGCGAAAAGUAUCCUGUGCCACCGACGAAACUUAAUUCUGAGGAUGAGACACAAGUUUCCUUUGUUCAACGACAACCAUUUCUUUCAUCAUUUUUGUCCUAGUUAAUUUUUGCAGUAUUUAAUGAAAACGGCACCAAUAAAAAAGCUCUGCAUGACAGUGUACUUCCCCUCUGCCUUCUCUCCAAACCUUGAAUUAAUCCCUUUGGUCAUCACCAUGGCAAUCUGCAGUAUUAAGGCUGAUGUCAACUAUAGGGAUAAUGAUACGUUAAGGUGCUCAGACCAAACCUAUAUUGAACAUAAUUUAUUACUUUCUGAUCAGUGGUAUGACACAAAUUCAUUUCUCAGGAAUGCUCGGCAAACCAUAACUGAGUAGUUUCUUUUCGUUCUUUCUUUAUCUAUUUACAAAUUUGCCCCCUGUUGUAGGUUCUUUUCCUAAUUACCCAACCCAAACGCUAUAAGUAUAACACUUCAUAUCCUAAGAAAGUAAGAUUUUUAAAGUUGGUUUUUCAAACUAAGAGUGUCCUUUUGUGCGCAAGGUGUUCGCAAGACGAUGAUUGAUCAUGAAAUUAAUUUUACUUUCUUUGCACCAGAAAGAGUGGCAGGCAUAAAACGCAGCGCAGAGUGUGUGAAAGUCGAGGGAAGUGUUAAAUCUCUGAAGUCAGACCUCGCUGAUGUGCAACUGCGAUUAACACAAGUGGAAGAAAAACAGAGCUCCGCUGAACCUCCAAUAAUUCCAGGUUAGAAAAACUAUUGAUUGACAUUAGUUCAGCCGGAAUAUUCCGUAAAUGAUCCCCUCCCUUCAUAAGCUUCUUCGAAUAUAACCCCCUUUUUUUCAAACCAAAAAAGCCUCCCACUAUUAUAAUAAGACCUUCAGGUGGGGGGGGAAAUUAUAUCUGGGAAUUGUCAUCAAUUUUCAAUAAACCAUACCAAAAGAAUUGAACGACACUAGCCCGUAUGUAAGUUUUUACUGAUUAGUUUUCUGUGAACACUUAGCUACAGCAUGAAAUACAGUGUACGAACUGUUUAUUAUUUUAUACAGCAACUAUAAGCUGAUGUUUGUUGAUACUGAUUUGCCCAUGAGGUUUUCAAACCGCUUUGCAUGAAUGUAUGCCACUAAAGCCAAUAGAAGCGUUGGGGCUUAUUUUCAGAAUUUUACGGUAUUCAAGUUAUUAGUGCUCUAAAUGCACACAAGAACGUCUUCAAAUAGACCUUGGCAACACAGGUGAUUGUUUGUUUAUUUGUUUACUUAUGUAUUUAUUUUCGCAGAGUUUGCCGAUUGUGAAUCAGACAUCAGGUUUUUUGCCGCGCGUUGCCAUGAAAAUACAAGGCAAUGGCUGUUUCAAGAUUUUGAAAAAUGGUUCAGUGAUCCUGGUGAUUCCAGAGCUUACGUUCUCCUGGGUGAUGCAGGUGUUGGCAAAAGUGUUAUAGCAGGAGCCCUAGCAAAGCGUAAAAGGGAUGCUGGAUGUUUGGCUGCUGCUUAUUUUUGCCGUCAUAAAGAUAGAAGAAGAAAUCACCCCUUGAGUCUUCUUGCAACUCUCGCACGUGAUCUCUGUAAAUGCAGUAGUGAGUACAGUAGCAUAGUGGGAGGGGAGGAAGGCGUGAGAGGGUUGAUAACUAAUUCUGAAUUUAAACUUGAAGUUCAUGAGUUAUUUGCGAAAUUGCUAGAAGAGCCUUUAGCUAAGUGCAGGUCUCCUCCGAAUCGCAGAUUAGUUAUUAUUGACGCUUUAGAUGAGACAGAGUACGGGUCCCGGAAAGAUGUUCUUAAUGUAAUCAAGUUAGAUUUCCACCGUCUUCCAGAGUGGCUUGUGUUCUUUAUCACCAGUCGUCCCGAAGAACAAAUACAGAGCAGACUGAGAAGGUGCAAACCAUGUAUAAAAAUGUGCGCAGGAAUUCAUACUGAUAGGGGUAACUUCUAUCAACAUCACGAGAAAGACAUCCAGCGAUAUUUAGAGAAGAAAAUAGAUUUCUCCGUUCUCUCCUUUUCGCUCGAAGACGUCACAAUGAAGUGCGGUGGAUUGUUCUUGUACGCAUUCUUCAUUGCGAAAGAACUCAAAGAUUCAGCAAAUUCAGGUGAAAUUAGUCAGUUGAGUCAGCUGAGUGACUUUCCAGGGGAUAUUGAAGAGUUCUUUUUGAAAAAUUUCCAGCGAGUGUUUGACAAUGUAGGGUGCGAUCUCUACAGGAAACUUCUUGGCUGUAUCAUGGCUGCACCGUCUCCUCUUCCUGCAUCAUUUAUCGCGUUCGUUCUCAGAAGAGAGAAUUCAUCUCGUAAAGAACAUGAUGUAACAGACGCUAUUUCACAGUUUGUGAUUGUACGAACUUGUGAUCGGACAGUGACCUUCCUUCACAGUUUGAUCCCAGUGUGGUUAUCAGACAAAGGUAAAGCUCGGACGUUGUUUGUUGACAAAACGUCUGCGGGUGAGUACCUCAAGACUUCUUUCAAUGAAAUCCUCUCAGCUGUUGUAGAUGUAUCAUCCUCAAUAACGUCUGUAAGUAUUGCUGAUGAUUUGCAGAACUAUGUUUUGCGUUUUGCCAUUCGAUAUUUGUGUCAUUGUGGUGACAAGAAUUCGCUCGACAAUGUUUUUAAGUUCUUGACCUGUUAUACUUUCUUGCAAAAGAGAAUUCAAGUGCGCCAAAUCGGUAGCUUUAGGGGAAUCGAAGAAGUGGAGGACGAAUUGUUGCUAGCAGCUGGCUGUUUCACUGGUAAGGAGAAACCGAAGGGAAAUGUCCUUAAAGCGAUCAAGGAUACGUUUUAUUCAUAUGACCAAGUUGCUCUUGAAGAUUGCCCAAAUGUUCUCCUGUUUUGCAUUGGCAGCUCCUCCAGCCUUGUCCCAGAAAACGUCUGGUCAACCCCUUGCCUGUUAAACGAGACCAUGAGUGAUGGCGUAGGCGACUCCUUUGCCGUAUCUUCUGAUAAGAAGACAGUGGUCGGGGUACUGAGGAAUCAGUAUCUUUUCUUCGCGGAUACAGCUACUUUAGAAACAGUUGGAGGCCCUUUCGAAAUAAGUACGGAUGUCAUUGAAGAAAUAUAUUUCAUAAACUUUUCCCCGGACGACAAGUUUAUAUAUUUUGGACGACUCGACAAAUGGUUUUCCGUUCAGCAAGAAUGUGUGGUUGACUUACCUGUGUUCUCAGGGAACUCCCUUAUCUAUGGGGAAGGUUUUUCUUUGGAGGAUGGAACACAGUACUUUUGUGUUUGUGCUUACAAUAUCCCUGGCCUUGAUUACUUUCCUUGUCAAGAUAAGUGUUGUAUAGCAGACUUAUUUGCCAUGUGGGCUCAAUUGGAAAUUGACGAGGACAUGAAUGGCAUGACGUGUACCUAUGAAAAAUUAGCAGACGCAAUAUCUAAAACCGAGAUACCUCUAGGGAAACCAACCACAAACCUACUGGAGGUUCUUGGAGUCGACCCAGGGUUGUAUGAGGCGAAUGAGUCUCCUAGUUCCUACGACCCUUCUUGUUGCUGUUGUCGCAGGUUAACUGAAUUAACCGAGACAGACAAAGAACCAUCCUUGACUGUUGUUCGUCAAUGUGUACUUGAGUUUUACCCUCUGUUAUUUCAAAAUCAGGUUUGGGAUUUUAACACAGGUAAACCUUUCUUGCACUUGUUUUGGAACGAGGAUCGUGAGAUGUCAUAUGAUUAUUAUAAACGUCACCUUCCUUGUAAAAUAGGUGAAUGGAAUGAAUUUAAUUGUCCACCUCAUCUUGGCCCGAGUAAGAAGGUAUCUGUUUGUAACAUCGCAGUGGACAACGCUGUUUGGGUUUUAAAAAAGCUUUGCGACCAACAACUCAACGGUCUCUGA